AUGCAACAUGCCUGCCCAGGGCCGAUCUUGUCUCUAUUUUCAGCAUCGACCCGUCGCUCUUUGCUCCAACCGCCUCCGCUUCUGCCAGCCUGGCGUGCCAAACCCGGCCAAUUCUCCUUCAGGGUCUUCCAAGCACGUCUCCACCGUCCCCCGGGCCCCUCCCAGCAUUCGUCAUUCUUCCCGGCCCCGUCCAAGAAUCCGGAUUCCACAACUUUUUCCAGAACUCGGCAUUCGUCGUCGCACCACGCAUGCCCUACCGUACGCAGUAUGCUAAUAUGGACGCCGACAACAACCCUAGAGUAUGUGAGGGGUCAAUGGGGAAGGGGUCAAGAAUUUCUCGGACGAUGGGCAUCGCCUCACUGGGCCAUAAGAUUUGCCUUCCGCGGCGGCCGACGUCACUUCCGCGCUCGAGGGUCUUCGCAAUUCACCGAGGGCCCCUGCAACAACAAUCAACAGGACUACUGUUACAGUACGGCCUGCAGGAUGACGAUGUUGAGAAUACCGUUCAGACUGCGCCCGAAGCAUCUCGAACUGUCAGCGACAGCUCUGUUCAAACCUUUUGUUGGCAUGCAGCUGAUGCCCCGUCAUGCGUCAUUUUCCCACCCAAUGGCCAACCUCCAGAUGAACCACUCAGCUAGGAGCUGUUUGAAGGAAACUGAGAACUCAACGAGUGCGUUUCGCCUAGCUUACACAGUUCAGGGUACCCUUUGUUCGAAGCUCUGUUUCCUAGCGCCCUUGUCAUGGGUUCCCCUUCUUCCCACAUCCCGGCACAGUGUCUACACUCCGUCCAUGGAGGAAACUGGAGACCCUUGCGUACGGAUACAGAGCACAAGAGGCAACCGAUGGUAG